UCAUCAUUAGUCUUCAUGACUGCUGACAGCCCUGUGGGCUGCAGUGAGGCAGGUGUGGCGCCCUCCAACGCCUCCUAACAACACGCAAGUGAAUCCAAGCUUCACUUGUUGGCCACAACACUGCAGCCAUCUUGCCCCGCGCAUCGACAGUGAGUAAACUGAAACAUUUGGGUUGUUGACUUGUGCCGAACCACGUUGGAACUCUACCAAUGCUGACGCGCUACAAUUCUGUAACCGCGCCGGCAUUUGGGUACAGCGUAAACCCGUCGGCCACUGUGUGGUAUUUGACGAAGGCAGUUGGUCUCCGGCACGGUGUUGUUCCGUCUCACGCGUCCCCGGAAUGACAGCUGAGGCCAUUGGCACCGCCCCUCGGAAUGUGGCGCGGCCAAUCACAGCUCGCCGAACCACGUUGCGCGGGGGCGUUCUGGUUGUGGUGCGCAUGCGCAUGUCAGGCGGUAAGUCCCUCACUUCUCACAACGCUCGCAGGAGAGUAAAGAUGGCGAUAGACUCCGAUCCGCUGGAUGAGCCUUUUUUACACACAGAGGUGAAUAAAGCGGUGGUUUGUCGUCCCGUACAGUCUGUAGAGUCACAACUGUCGUUCUUGUGCCACAACAACCACUGGUGUAGGCACGAGGCAGCCGGUAAUUACAUGAAUGUAGUUCCCCGGACAAGGGGGUAGCGCGAGCUAAUGUCCAGCUGGGACUCGGUUCAGGACGAUUGUGGAAGCAGGUACGCUGUGACUUACUAACGUUGUUGUCCCCGUUGUCUCGCCGAGUGUCCGCGCGCGAGCUUACUGAGAAAACAAAACAAAACAAAACAAAACAAAAAAACAACAGUGUCAGCGUGUUGCCACAUCUCAAACUCUCAAGCGCGUUCCUGCUCCCCGCUGAAGAAGUUGAAGUGCAGGUGGGUCUCGUCACAACGACGCCCCCAUGGUUCGGCCAUGGACGCGUCGACGGACUCCACCACGGCACGCGACCCCGGCAAAACACCUGUUGUCAGCGGCGCCGUGACUUCUCUGCCCGACGCGCAGCGGAAAGCGUCGCCCCGCUUGGCGCAGACUUGCAAUGGGAGCCAAAUUAUGAACUCUCACGAUUCAGGAAGCGGCGGCUCCCUCGGUGGCGCGAGCGGCCCCGGUGCGGCGAUGUCCGGUGCGGCGUCGCCGUGCAGUGUCAUCCAGACACAGAGCGUUCCCUCCGCGGCGGCUCAGCCCGCGAUCCGGGCAACGGGACCCCCCGUGACGCUCGUCAGGCCGCCUGCGCAGACCGCGGGCUCCGGAGCACCUGUUAUCGGGAACAAUAGCGGGGUCAGCGCAACGGGUCACCCGGGUUUGGGCUCGCAAUCCCCGCUUGUAAACAAUCCCCCGUCGUCCCAGCCGGUGUCCGCGAGCGUAGGGUCGCACGUAAUCAAGGCAGAACCCCCCGCAACGGUGAUCGCUCGUGGGGCAAUCGGCGCCGUCCGGAUGCCGUUGGCGGCGGCCGGCGGUCCCGGCGGGAUCCGGGGUCCGAUGCCUCAGAUGUUGGCCCCGAGGCUCCCCCAGACCAACCCGGGACAGCCCAGUAUAGGCCUGCAUAACAUCCAGCUCCCCCCAGGGAUGGUGCUCGUCCGCAGCGAGAGUGGACAGCUGCUGAUGAUUCCUCAGCAGGCACUGGCCCAGAUGCAGGCGCAGGCGCAGGGAGGCCUGACACCUCGGGCCGCUACGCCAACAAGCGCGCCUCCCGCUCAGGCUCCUGGAAACAUCAGCAGACAAGUCGCCCCCGGACCGAUCCGCCAGAGCUGCGCCGCCCCAACGACCACGACUCUUCACAGACCGCCCGUCCUUCAGAGCCCAGUUGGGGCUGCAGUACCAGGAAUCACCCCCAGGGCCGUCAGCCAAGCAGCCGGGACCACAGUUGCCUCAAUUACCAUGAGCAAAGAGACCAUCGAGAACGUGAAGAAAUGUAAGAACUUCCUGUCUACAUUGAUCAAGCUGGCCUCCACUGGGAAGCAAUCUACAGAGACUGCAGCCAGUGUGAGAGAGCUGGUCAAGGAACUGCUGGAGGGCAGACUGGAAGCGGAGGAAUUCACCAGCAGAUUGUACAAAGAGCUCAACUCCUCACCCCAACCGUACCUCGUGCCUUUCCUCAAGAGAAGCCUCCCGGCUUUAAGGCAGCUCACCCCAGACUCCGCCGCCUUCAUCCAGCAGAGUCAGCUUCCCCAGACGCCCUCGGGUCCCGUCCCCUCCACCUCGCCCGUCCCCACCACGGUGGUCCUGGGCAGCCCGGCGCCCCGCCUCACUGCUCCGGUCAGCCGGCCUCCUCUCCAGCUGGGCAUAAGCAAACCAGUGGUUAUUCAGUCCCAGCAGCCGAGAGCAAUGUUGAAACCUCAGGUAGCCUUACCCACAACCCCCAUGGGGACUCUCAGGAAUCAGGCCCCUGGCCGCAUCAUGCUGGGACAGCAACAGGUCCACCUGAAAGGGCUGCAGCCAGUUCUAGUGAGGCCGGAGUCGUCUCCUUUUUCUAAACAAGUCUCCGCUGCUUCCUUGAGCCUGGCUCAGAGGAACGAGCUGAAACAGCCGGGUGCCACUUUCAAAGAUGAGGACGACAUCAACGAUGUGGCCUCCAUGGCUGGAGUGAACCUAUCUGAGGAAAGCGCCAAUAUCCUCGCAACCAAUUCUCGACUAGUGGGAGUGGUGACACAUUCCUGUAAGGACGAGGCUUUCCUCUCCUUUUCGGUUCUACAGAAGACAAUGCAGGAGAUAGGUCGGAGGCACGGUGUGACAGACCUGGGUGCAGAGGUGGUGAACUUUGUCUCCCACGCUACUCAGCAUCGGCUUAUGGACCUGUUGGAAAAGGUUUCCCAAGUGGCUCUACAGAAAAACCUCAACUCCAAGGAGGAUGGCAAGUAUGAACCGAGCAGCAACGUUCGUGCUCAACUCAAGUUCUUCGAGCAGUUGGACCAGCUGGAGAAACAACGGAAGGAGGAACAGGAGAGAGAGAUCCUCCUUAAGGCAGCAAAGUCUCGAGCUCGGCAGGAGGACCCAGAGCAGCUGCGUCUGAAGCAGAAGGCAAAGGAGAUGCAGCAGCAGGAGCUGGCUCAGAUGAGGCAGAGGGAGGCCAACCUGACAGCUCUGGCAGCCAUCGGUCCCAGGAAGAAGAGGAAGAUUCUGGACUCCCCAUCCUCCUCCUCCGCCGCCGAGGCAUCGGGUCCCUCUCUGUCGGGCGGCGGCGGCCCGUCGGCCUCCAGACCCACGCGGCAGCGCAUCACUCGCGUCAAUCUCAGGGACCUGCUCUUCUGUUUGGAGAACGAGCGAUCCACCAGUCACUCCCACUUCCUCUACAAGGGCUUCCUCAAAUAGGCUCCACGUUGGACAGAUGUGUGUGUGUGUGUGUGUGUGUGUGUGUGUGCGCGUGUCCAACUCAAUGUGGGUCUCUUCCCAGUGACGAGGAGGACUUUUUCUCUGCUCGUUUUGAGGCUUUUCAGAUGCCGCUGAAGUACAGUAGUGACCCCGUUGGACGGCCUCUCUACCUCCCCUUUAUGAUGCCUAUUUAGCUUCAGAGCGCUCGUGGACUGAUGCUGUCGUUGUCCCUUUGCAACCUUUCCAAAAGCGCAGUAAUGGAUUAUGUACGUUAAGAACAAAUUACUUAUUGUACAUUAUGCACUGUCUCACAGGACAGUAUAUUUUAGAUUUGUAUGUGCGUUGAAAUCAGUUUUUAAAUCAAAUUGUUUUAAUGGACAAGACUAAUCUUAAUUGAAUGAUUUUAUUUUUUAUUUGUUUACUGCAUUCAUUUAAGGUCGCCUUCCUAACUAUGAAUAAGCCAUAUAGCAAUUAACCCUGCUGUAACUCAUGAAGCAGUAGUUCACUCUGUAUCUGUCAUCUCCAUCACCUGUUCAAUAUAUUUAUGUACUAAACUCCAUCUUAAAUGAAGGUUGGUUUAUUUAAUUUCAUGUGUUUUCUGUAGAUUAAAUCCUUAUUCUAAAAUGCCUUUACCUGCAUAGGAUAUGUUUAAGAUCACUUUUGUUAGGUGUAUAGAUUUCAUUGAGUUUGUUUGUUAAAAUAAAUAGUUUGCCAUGUAUUGAUUUCCAAAAUUGUAGGUUUCAGAAAGUUUUCAACCUGUUGCUAUGGCUAAAGUGCAUCUAGAUUUCUAUUUUUGUAGCCGCCCACUAACACACAUUUAGACUUUUUCAAUAGUGACUGACUUUGUCCUCUGACUCUUCAGGACACAAACACAAUCUUCUUGUAUAUUUAUACAUGUUAAACAUUUACACAUUGUGUUGUAGAUAAUUGAGAAUUUAUCCACCCUGCAUAAAGAAGAAAUCAUUUCUCUAUUAAAUAGUUUGAAUAAAUAAUUUUACAGUAA